AUGUAUGCUGGUCACACACAGUUUUGUAAGGUUGUUUUUUCUCCUGGCAACUGCCACACUUUGGCCAAGGCUGAGGCUGCUGUGCUGAGGUUUAGCUACACUGUGAUCCUUCUAUUAGUGGUACCAAUAGUCAUUGUGAUGCUUUUGGAUGUGCUCUUUUAUGCCAAAGAAUUAUUUUCCAAAGCUGAGUUCUUCUCGAUGGAUGACUCUGUAGCCAAUGCCAAGUCUUAUUCAGUGCCAAGUAUCGAUUUGGCUCUGCUUUUACGCGAUCGUGUCUUUGUUUCAAGUGAACGUUGGGCUUUUUCCAAGACUGAGACUUUGCAUCGCCUCAAAACUAUCAUUGAUAUUGCAGCAUUUGUCUUCUUAGUUACUAAUCCACUCAAACCGAGUGACUUAUUGACACCAUCGAAGCCAAAGCCGCUCACUGGUAGAAAGGGGAGAACGAGUGCUAAGUCUGUGCCUCCCGAUGACAGAAACCGAGAUUUAUCGGACAACAUAGACUUUGCUCAUUCCAACGUGUGUCCACUGUGUGGAAUGAUGCAGUCAAGCCAAGUCCAAGCUCAACCUUCUGUUUCGAAAGUUUCUUCUAACUCAUCCUUAUCUUCAUCCGCAAACAUAGGAGAAGAGGUCGUAUCUCUAUUAAAAUCGUCCGCGACGACUGAUUUUUGGAACGUCUUCUGUGCCUUAUGGUCUAAUCUCCUUCGAAAAAGCUUGCGUGCAUUAAACACCUCGUCUGUCGUACACAUGAUUGAGCAUCAAAAGGCCAAUCUUUCGUUUUGGCUGAGCCUACACGGAUUAGGGCAGAACUCAAUUCUUAGUGCGAAGUCAAAUAUUCUCUCUCGUGCAUCCAUGCUGCUGUCGGGCAAACGACGGUGGCUUCGAAUGAUGGAGCAUUCACGGUGA